AUGAUUAAGAGGGCAGGCUCCGUGGUAAUAGCUAUCAGAAAGGGGGGUACAAUUACAAACAAUGAUGGAUAUAAAAACACAAUUGUGAAGGCCUUAAUAGAGAAGGUUGCCAAAAUUAAGGAGAAAAAUAAAUUUUUUAACUGCAACGAGUAUUACGAUUUUUUAUUUCGUAACUACGCUCUGCAUAUUUGCUUGGACGACUCUUUCAAGCUUUUUUAUUUGCAAAAUAAGGACGGCUACUUUAGCAAAAAAUUGAUGGGACGCGUAUGCUACAUAAUCAGCAAUGCGUCCAUUUAUAGCUUACUAAAAUUUGGAAAGGAAUACAUCAUAAAUCACCUGUCCGAGUGUAACAUUUAUAAGUACAAAUGCGUUUUCCAAAAUGAGUACUAUCAUUUUGUGCACAACCUUUUGCUGCUAUGCUGUCUACAGUUAUGCGUGCCCUCCAUUUUGGAAAAGCUCAAUCAGGAAGAACAAAAAAAAAUAAGGUUAAAAAGUUUGCACAAAUUUUGUGAUGCCAUGAAUUAUGUAACACCACAAAGUUGGGAAUGUGAAAUGGAAAAUAACGCAUCAUGUGAUAUGGAAUUUUUGUCAAAGGUGUACAAAUGCUUCUGCGCCAACCAUAUAAUUCCGUUCCCGUUUGUUAACAAAUUUAUAUACCAACAUUUCUGCGCAAAAUUUUUGGAAUUCCAUUUGGAGAGAUUUACACUCAAUUUUCUACAUGGAGAAGCCUCUGAGCAGUCUUCCACCAGCUUACCCUCACAAAGCGAUAAAAGUGAAAACCCUUUACCCAUAUGCCAAAUUAGCAAGAUGCUGUUUUACCUGUCCAAGAGUGACUUGCAUUUUUACUAUGAAUGUUUUAUAAAUAGGUAUUUUCACGUCAUACGAACGUAUCUGCUUGGCUUGACUUACACACCAGUAGAGGAUUCACCCCGGACGCACGUCAAUAUUGACAGUGACAUUUCUCACAAGGAAGAAGAAAUUAUAGAUAGGCUAUUAGUAAGCCUAGUGAACUUCGUAUCCUCUUCCUAUAUAAUGGGCAAUAUCGAGGGCAAGAUUUAUCCCAUCACUCUAUGCACCUACAUCACGUUACUGUUAUUCAAAAGGUUAUAUGAAAACCAUUUCACCCAUUUUAACUGGUCCAGUUAUGAUGCACCCAAGAAGGAAAAUGUAAAAAAGGGUGACUUUAUUUUGAUAACGCAGAGGAGUAAGUCUCACUUGCUCAGUGUGUCCUUUACGAAAAAGUGCUUCCUACUGAUAUAUGUUAUAAACAACAUUGUGCAGAAAUUGCCUGAAAGCGUCAUACAAGAGUGGAAUAAAUGGAGCGAAGAAAUGAACAACACGACGAAAAUAUGUAACACUAAUGAUUCACUUCAACAUGGCAUGGGUGUAAUAAUGCCUAAGCAUAACCCCACCCGCUACAACAAUGCAACAGAUUGUCCACUUAGUGGAGGGUUCCCCCCAAAUAUGGACAAAUGUACACAAAGAAGUGUAAACAGCUUGGAAGAAUUAUUUCCAAAAGGGAACUUUAAUUUCCUCAGUUUUAUGCAUCUCCCCUUUUUGAAAGUGCUGCAUUUUUACCAGUUACUUCACCAGCAAGGUAACAGAAACAACGCAAAUGGGAACUGCAAAAAAUCUGUGCUAGAGAGGGAAAUUUUUUUCUUUUUACAACAGUACAUAAGAAGGCGCUUCCCCCAACUGGAAUGCACAAGUGGUGGAAGUUCCCCCAUGGCGCUUUUUACCAUCGAUAUAGAAAUACAAAAGAGGGGAUAG